AUGAGGAUGGGCAGACCCGGUCGUUCGGACAGUCAGCGAAAAGAAAAUAUUGCGAGUAAAAAGCGACGACAACAGAGUAACUGUGCUUCCAACCCGUCUUUUCUGGGCUAUGGCGCUACCCAGCGAAAAAUGAGUCUUGUGGAAGUGGGUUCCACCAGCUCUCCUCCCACUACGGGCGAUACUGUGGCCUCCUGCUCACAGGGAAUAAACGGAUCUUCCUCCGACUUGAGCUCACAUCUAGCAUUGGCAGAGAUGCAACAAGCGGCCGAUGCAGAGUUUGGGGCAUUUCAUUUUCUGGAGAAAGAAAAUUGCGAAUCCCAAAUGGACACUAUUUCCUGGCUCAACUACGAUAGAGUUGAGAUGAACAUUCCUCCGAUUCUGAACGGAUACGAUUUCCUUACGCCACGCCUUGAACUAGAUGGACCCCACGAACCCCAGGUCGGUACGAUGCAGGAAAACGUUCAAUCCUCUCCAAGUCCAAACCAAGGCUCUGAUUCAGGCUUCCACUAUAUUUUUAGUGGUAUCACGCCUUCUGACGCAAAAUCGAGCAUAGAUGUUGAAGAUACUACUGUGUUAGAGAUGCAUUAUAUGUAUCAAGACUCCUUGGAUCGCUUGGCUCAGCUAAAUAAUGACCUGAAUCAACAACUGAAGGCUCAGCCGGGCGCUGAUUUGCCUUUAACUCCGCAGGAUACGGUGGCCACCUCUUUAUCGGAUACCCAGCUUCCAAUAGCUCACAUAAUUAGGGGGCUUCAAGAGUUUCAGGACCUGCUCCAGAAUAUUGUAAAUGUUCAAAAACGUCAGAGAGAAAUUGACCCAAAGUCGAAUGCCCUAACGUCAAAGUCUGGAACCCCAGUACACGAGGUGCGAGAGAACAGCUCCAUAGAAAGCAGCCAUUCAGUUGCUAUUUCGGAGUCCCCGUCCUCUUCAAACGACUUGUUGCUUCCAAUUGCGGUAAGCAGCCCCCGAAUCGAUAAAGAUGCAAGACAAACUUUACGACCUAGUUUGGAUCUCCCAACGUGCUUGUCGAUGCUUCUGUGCUACAUCAACCUUGUUCGACUGUGUCGAACAGUUUUUUCCAAUAUUUGUCAAUGUCUGAUGGCAUUAGAUCACAGGGCAAUAUCAAACGCACUCUCCGAUAUUCAAAUCAGUGGUGUAUUGCUUCAAGGUGACCAGAGUCUUCAGAUACUAAUUCUGGUACAAGUAGUCAUCCGACUACUUGAUUGCAUAGGACUAAUGUUGGGUCACACAAACUCCAAUAAUGACUCGCAAGGAAAUGCAGAAGACAAAAGUCAGGCCCUAAUCUCGCAAAAUCUAUUGGAGACAGUGAUGUUUGAAGAAGAAAUGGAUAGACAAGGCAUGUAUUCUGGUGGCAUAAGGGCUUUGAGAGAAGAUAUCCGCAAGUUAAAACGUGUACUUAAGCACACGUAA